GUGGGUCAGUGGCCGGAGUGACGACUGUUAUGCGGUUAUUGAUUUCAGGAGUGACUGGCGUGCAAUACAUUGUCUGCAGCGGCAGUUGCUAGGAGCGUCUCUGACUCCAUGCUCUCAUCUUCAAGUAUUCAUGAGGUGUGUACGAGGCUGGAUCAGAGGCUGCAUGCAGCAGCUGUCAAAGGUGACGUGGAGGAGACUGUUCGAGUCCUGGACACAGGCAGGGUCCACGUCGACUGUGCUGACAGGGAUGGGACGACACCUCUGAUACUUGCUGCUGCCAAUGGUCAUGUUGACUUGGUGAAGGAGCUACUGGAGCAGGGCGCAGAAUCUAAUGCUACCAGACAUACUGGGACGGGAGCAUUGUUCUUUGCUGCCCAAGGUGGCUUUCUUGAUAUUGUCACAUUGUUGCUGGAUCAAGGCUGCAAGAUCAAUCAAGCCUCCAAGGAUGGAGGUACAGCACUUAUUGUGGCAGCACAAUGUGGCCACAUGGAUGUAGUAAUAGAGCUCCUGCGACGAGGAGCUGAUCCUCAUAGUGCUAUGAAGGACAGGGCCACAGCAGUCUUUGUUGCUUCGCAAAAUGGCCAUACUAGUGUUGUGAGAACAUUGCUGAAUGCAGGUGCUAAGGCUAAUGUAAGACGCGUGGAUGGUGCCAGUCCACUGUGGAUUGCCUCACAGAUGGGUCACCAAGGGGUCGUACGCCUUCUGUUGAACCAUGGUGUCAAUCCCGAUGUCACCAGACAUGAUGGGGCAACACCACUGUUCAAAGCUGCCCACAAGGGUCAUGUGGAGGUGGUUCAUGAGCUGCUGCCCUUCAAGCCAUGUCUGGGACUCCUUAAGAAUGGAGAGUCUGCUCUACAUGCAGCUGCCUUAUAUGGUCAUCUGCAGGUGCUUCGAGUGUUGGUUGAGGCAGGUGCUGAUCCAGGCCUUAAAAAUGAUCAAGGACUCACACCUAUCCAGAUCGCUGCUCAGGCUCGCCAUUAUGAAGCCGUCCAGCUACUAAAGGAAGCCCUGACCAAGAGAAAAGAGACGGGUCAAAUUACGCCAAAGACUUCACCAGGUCCACGCUCCCCACGCUUGGUGCAGAGCAUGUCUGGUAGUGUAGUCAGCUCAGGGGUCCAGAGCCAAAAUAGCAGUCGAGGCUCAUCCAGGAACAGUUCCUUGGGCACUAUAGUAGAGACUAGUCCAGUGUUGCCCCGCUCUGUUAGCUCACCCAGCAACUCAAAGCCUGCCCAAUAUGUGUCAUGUGAGCUGAGUAACAUUGUAGAUGGUGGAGCACGUCCCAGAGCAACUUUGGCUACGGGAUCAUGCACAUCAGUCAGUGGACGGACCCCUUCUUCAUCCAACCCUUCACCUUCUCCCAGUAUCUCAAUGUCACCAAGUAUAGCUGUGCUUUGGCGGGAGAAGACGCAAGUGGUGUCAUCUGUGAAUAGAACUGGUUUAAGGAGUCGCGAUGCAUUUGGGAGGUCAUUGAUGUAAAUAAGAAAGAGUAGAGGACCUAGAACACUUCCCUGUGGCACUCCAACAACUACAGGCUGUGUAUUGGAGAUCACACCAUUUGUGUAUACAUAAUGGUGUCUACCACUAAGAUAAGAUUUUAGGUAAUUGAGAGUGUGUCCUCUGACCCAGUAAUGCUCUAGUUUUAGGUGCAAGAUAUUGUGGUCUACUGCAUCAAAUGCUUUCCGUAGGUCUAUGAAGAGCCCUAGAGGAUAUUCAUUUUUUCAAGUGCUGUAGUAUAUAGUAGUUCGACCAUCUGAAUUAUUGCAUCCUUUGUGCCUUUUUUGGCCUAAAUCCAAACUGGCAGGGGUUCACUAUGUUAUGGGAUAGGAGGUCGGAGUAGAUUUAUGUAUUACUUUUUCGAAGAUUUUAGAGAGUAAAUCCAAGUUAGAUACUGGUCUGUAGUUAUUUAGUUCUGUAGGAUCGCCUCCUUUGAGGAUUGGGGUGACCCUUGCUGUCUUGAGUACGGAUGGGAAUGUUGAAAAUUCAACAGAUUUGUUAAAUAGUGUUGCAAUAAUGGGGGACAGCUGCUUUUUUAUACAUGAUGGGUGGCAAGUUAUUUAGAUCCCCUGCCUUGUUUUUUAAUGAUUUAAUUAUUA